GCCGCGCUCAAGUGACAUGCGCACUAGCCGCCAACAUGAAGGCAGUUUGGGCAUUUUCUGUUUUUGAUUUUAAAAAAUAAGUCUUAAUUUUUCUCGCGUUUGCAGUUCACCAACUGGAUUAGAAUAAAAAGCAACACCAUAUCUAAAUAUCGGUCCUGCAGAAUGUCCAAGAUCAGGCGGAAGGUAACAGUUGAGAAUUCAAAAACCAUAUCUGACAGCAGCAGUACCACAACCAGCGCCGCCACCAACCCCACCACCCCCUCUCGCAGGCCCAGUGUGUUUGAACGGCUCGGGCCCAGCACCGGGACUAACGCUGCCGAGAGUCAGUGUAGAAAUUGGCUGAAGACCGGUAACUGCAGCUACGGCAACACUUGUCGCUACACACAUGGCAGUCAGACACGAGGCAAAGGGUUCAGUUUCAGCAGGUCAAAUGAGAGACCAACAGGUGAUCUGCGAGAGAGGAUGAAGAAUAAGAGACAGGAUGUCGACCAAGAGAACUUAAAGCGCGACUUGGACGAAGCCACAUCCCCCACAGUGAGACAGAGAGACUCCUCCAGAGGCCGACACAAAGAAGAGGACAUUAAAAUCACAAAGGAGCGGACUCCAGCCAGUGAAGAAGAGCCUACAGAGUGGGAAGCCAACCGUGAAGAUUCGGAUGUUGGCGACUACGACUACGAGUUAUCUCUAGAGAUGAAGCGGCAGAAAAUCCAGAGGGAGCUCCUGAAACUGGAGCAGGAGAACCUGGAAAAGAGAGAAGACAUGGUCAUCAAGAAAGACGAGCCUUCCGCCAAGAGCAGAAGCGCGGCCCUGCCGAAGGUGAAUUCGAAGGUUUCCCCUGAGCUGCUGUGCUCCAAAGAUUCACCUUCAUCCAGAAGGUCCAGCUCCCCGAAGCACAAAAGUGGAACCAAAGGUGCCGGGUCCAGCAAGAAGGAGAAGAAAGCCUCUCUGACUUUGGCUGUUUCAGAAACUGCAAGGCCCUCCAAAGGCAGCCACAGUAAGAAGAAGGGCCCCCGCACGCCCAGCCCUCCCCCUCCUGUCCCGCUCGACCUCCCCGUCGUUGGGAAGAAGCACAAAGGGAAGCACAAGAACAAGGAGAAGACGGAAGAGAAGCAGAAGGAGGGAAAAGACCGCGGAAGAGAUGUGGAGAAGCACAAAGAGAAAAAGGAAAAACGACGGGACCGAUCCGAUAGUUCCCAUAAGGCCAAACGAGUGCAGACGUCAGAUGAGCGGUCCAGCAGCGUGUCGUCCCCCUCUAGAGGCGUGUCCCCCUCAUCCAGGAAGAAAUCCGUCUCCCCCAAAGUUUCCUCCCAUAAGACUUUGUCCCUUUCGUCUCCUCGCCGCAGGUCUCCUUCCUCCUCCCGACACCAGCGUUCUCCCUCUCCCUCCCGCCACCACUCCCCCUCCUCCCACUCGGGGUCUUCUGCCCAGCGCCACUCUCCAUCGCCUCGACGCCGCCGCUCGCCAUCUCCGGUUUACCACCGGAGCUCCGCGGCGCACGCCUCCGUCUCCUCGCCCACGAGUUCCCGUCGCUCCCGGUCCCCACCAGCCUCCCAUGACACCCCCCCAUCUCACCGGCGUUCGGAGAGAUCCACCCCGAGCCGGCACCACUCCAGGGGCAGAGAGAGGAGCCGGGGGGAAAGGGAGAGAACUCCACCCCCCCAGGAGCGCAGACAUGAACACAGAGAAGAUCGCGGCAAGCGGGACAAAGAUGGCGUCCGUGAAGACAGAGACUACGACUCCGAGCUGAUCGCAGCCCGAGAGGAAAGGGAGUCGAGGGACGCUCGUGACCGGCGCGAUGUCCGCGAUCGGGGGAGGGAACCGGUGCGAGAGUCCCGCGACAGUCGCGACAACAGGGACACGAAGGACUCCAGGGACAGCAGGGGGGACGGGCGCUCCAGUCGGGAGUCACUGGAACGGCGGGAUCGAGAGCGGGAGCGAGAGAAGGAACGGGACAAGGAGAGGGAGAGGAACGACUCCUACAGGAAGGAGGAUGCAGGUCAGGACGACAGACUCUACGCUAGAGGUCACGGACGCGAUGACGGCGGCAGAAGCGAGGGUAGGACGGACCGAAAUGGACGAGGAAGAGGCCGUCCAAAUGAAACGGUUGACAAAGGCUCACUCAGAAACUCCCGCAGUUCCCAAAUGGACAGCAGCUACGACAACUGGGAGUCCCGGAGCAGCGCCGCGCGGGACCGAAGCCUGGAGAGAGGCGCAGACCGCAGCACGACCGAAAGAACCUCCGAGAGGGUUCCGGACCGGGAUCGCUACGAGGGGGAGAGGCGGGAGCAGCCCCGAGACUCCUCCUACGACAGGAGGGGGGGCCACGGCGAGCGGGACCGCAGAGACACCCGGGACAGAGAUCAAAGGGCCGUCUCUCCCUCCAGAUAUCCAGGCAGGUCGGAAGAGUCCGACCGGGACGAUCGACGGACAGACCGGUCGGAGGACAGACGGGACGACCGGGCCCGAGAGCGGGAAAGAGAGAGGGAGAGGGAGAGAGAGAAGGAGAAGGAGCGAGAGAGGGAGAGAGAGAGGGAAAAGGAGCGGGAGAAGGAGAGGGAGGCAGAGAGGGAGCGAGCUCGGGAGCGAGAACGCGAGAGAGAGCGUGAGGAGAGGGAGAGGGAGCGAGAGAGGAAGGAGAGGGAGAGAGAGAGGGAGCAAAGGGAGCGAGAGAGGCAGCGGGAGUGGGAGGAACGGGAGAGGGGGAGGGAGGAGAGGCGGGAGAGGAGAGACGACGUCCGGGAGGAUCGGUCCGUUCGAGACACCCGGGAGGAUCGCAAGCUGAGUCGCAAGAGAGCGCGGGUGGAGAGCAGCCCAAGCCCCCGACCCUCCCCGAAGCGGGCGGCGAGAGACUUGAGCCCGGCCGACAGCGACGGCUAUAAUAGUGCCGAAGAUAAAAGUGAGCGCCCUAUUGGCCGAGGGCCGGCCAAGCUCCACCCACAGCCCCUCCUCCCCAGCCCCGUGUGUCUGCCUCCAUCUGACAGUGGAGACAAGCACCGUCUGCACAGCCAAGUGGUGAGACCUCAGGAUCGCCUGUCGCGGUCGCCACCGAGAGGCGCCGCUUCGGACGACAAAGCCCCCCACUGGAAAGACGAGGAGCGCCGAGGAGCUGCGGAGAAAAGGGAAGCACGGGGCCGAAUCGAGGAGCCGGAGCCUCGCAGCGCGGAGCGAUGCCGAGGAGCAGAGAGGCGCGGGGAGUACCUCCCUGAAGCCGAGACCCGCGGUAGAGGGAGAGACCAGCGCGAAUCGAGUCCUCCGCCGCCGCCACCGCCGCCUCUUGCAGCCAUCGCCACUCGCGGUGAAGACAGAGACACUGCUGGCUCUCAGGCCAACGAGGAGGGCAAGAAGAAGGUGAAGUCGCAGAGGAAGGGCAUGAAGAAAGCUCGGAAAGAGGAUGGAGCCGCCUGUGGAAACCGUCUCGCUGCUCCGGCGGAGCGGUUCAACCCUGAGCCUCCGCCCCCCGCCUCUGCAGACGUGCCUCCGCUCAUGCCCUCACCAAGGAAAGGAGCCAAGAAGAAGGCGCUCGACCGGAAGAGGAAGCGGUCGCGAGGAGAAGACUCUGAAGCCUCUGAGGAGGACGCGUCGGCGCCUCCGCCUCACAGUAAGAAGAAGAGAGGACCUCGGACUCCACCCCCCUCCAUGAGGCCGGACCACCGGGGAACCGGAGGCAACGCAGAACCGUCGCCGCUCUCCAAAGUGGACAACUUCAGUGACUGGUCGGACGAGGAGGUGACGGACCGGAGCGUCCCUAUGGAGAAACAAGCCCCUCCCAGUUCUGGAGACAGAGCUCCGAUGGAGACUCUGAGGAGAGGCGGAGCCCCCAGGAUGGGCAGAGACAGGUGUAACCCACCUGCCAUCGCCCCGCUGCUUUCCCAGGACCCCCCCAUGCUGAUGCAGACUAUGGCCCCGCAGCCUCUCAUGUUGCAGCCCGUGCUCCGCAAACUGCCCCCGGAGCAACCGCGCAGCAGCAGCAUGGGGAGCAACCAGAGCCGGACGUCCUCCCGGCGCCCCCGCUCACCGUCCAACGAGUCGGGACACAGGGACGACCACCAGGGUCUGCGGCCGCGCCGGGGACGGCUGCAUGGCGCCAACUCCCGAGAUCGGGAGAGGGAGCGAGAGCGCGAGAGGGAGCGGCCGGCGCUCGGGGACGCUCCGGGAGCUGAGAGGAAGUCCAGAAUCGACCAGCUGAGGAGAGGAGAGCCCAGCCGCAGCACGUCGUCAGACCGUCAAGACUCCCGCAGCCACAGCUCCAGACGCAGCUCUCCCGACUCUGAGAGGCAGGCGAGGUCCAGGUCUCGAGCCGGCUCCUACGACAGCCGGGAGCGGGACCGGGAGCCGUUUGACAGGGACCGAGAACGCGACCGAAAGGAGCUGCGGCCCCAGCAGCAGCCGCAGCAGCCGCCGCUCCUCCAACAGCCCCUCCAGCAACAGAGAGACUGGGAGCCAGAGCCCAGAGACUGGCAGGGCCGUGGGCGGGAGACCCUCGGAAUGCGCCCGGGUCGGGAACCUUUGAUGAGGGACCGCGACGCCAGAGACCGCGAGCGCCUUCUCCCCGAGGGGAUCAUGCAGCAGCACGAACGAGAGAGGGAGCGGGACAGGGACGGCAGGGCCGAGAGGGGAGCUGAUCGGGAGAGGGAGAGGAUGAUGAUGAUGGACCUGCCGCCACUCGGAGACCCCAGGGCUCCGGGUCGAGGAGACGCCAGGCAGGAGAGGGUUGACUAUGAGCCACUGCUGCCAAGGGAAGCCUUCAGUCCUGCAGAGGAGAAACCCAGCAACAGUCACCAAGCUGUGGGAGAUCAGAGGGAGCUGGAGAAGAACGACAGCGUGGACGGCGACGAUGACGCUAAAGAAGAGGAGCAGUCUGUGGCGUCCGUUAGAGAAGAUUAUGAACCAAUCAGUGACGACGAGCUGGAUGUGAUACUGGCCGACAGUCAGAAGAAAGAAGAUCAACCAGAGGAGGAGAAAGUCACUGGUCCUCUGGACGUGAUCGACGUGGACUGGUCCAGCCUGAUGCCCAAACAGAAGCAGGAGCCGCGGGCCGCAGGAGCCGCCCUGCUCCGCUUCACGCCGGGCGCCGUGCUCCUGAGAGCGGGAAUCUCCAAGCGCCUCGCCGGACCAGAGCUGCUCGAACAAGUCAAGGAGGUGUGCAAGUCGGAGCUGGACGAUCCCAAAGACCUGGAGAAGCUCUUCGAACACGACCUGGGAGCUCUGAACAUGGCGGCCCUCAACAGGCGGGUGGAGAGGGCCGGCUUGCUGAGCAACCUGGGGCCCUGCUGCAAGGCUCUGUGCGCUCGCCGGGACUUCGCCAUCCGGCGCCAGCUGUUGAAAAACGAGAAGGGGUUGGCCAAGCAGUACCCGGCCACGCCUGUGGUGGACAACGACCUGCUUCAGAUGAGCAUCCGCCUCUUCAGAAGGACCGUGGCGGGCCAGACCUCAGCUCCGGAGAGCGCAGCAGCCCCCGACGCCGCCGAUAGUAAGCUAAGCUCAGCGCAGCCCGAGGUCUGUGCGUCCUGAGAGUCAGACUCCAGAAACCGAGCCCCCUUUUUUUUUUCUCCUUUUUUUUUUUUAGUCCUGACAGGAAAAACGGAUCAACUGCAAACUGUGUGAAUCUUGCUUUACGUGUUUUGGGUGACCUGUAAGUGCCGCUCCAAAGACUUUAGGCCAUAACGGCCACACGACGUCAGCUUCACGAACUUUAACCCCGGCUCUUUGUCUUUGCAUGUUGUGUAUGGGUUACUGCAACUGUGCAUUAAAAUGGUUAGAUGUUUUUGUAA